AUGGCACUUAUUAUAACUGAUAAUAUACUUGAUAAAAUACAUAUAAAACAAUCUACUAAAAUAGAACCAAAUACAAAAUAUUUAUUAACUUCUUUGGAUCUUGAUAUUAUUGAAUAUUUCUACUUAAAAGAUAAAGAUCUAUAUAUUAAAAAUAUUAAUAUAGAACUAAUACUAAAAAGUACUAGUAGGUUUAAAUUUCUAGAAAUAAAAUGUGAACAAAGUAAAAAUAUUUUAAAUAUAAAAAAAUAUAGAAAUUAUGUAAGUAAAUCUUUUAAUGUACAAGAUUUAGAGAGGAAUAUACAAAUAUCGUUCUAUAGUGAUGUAUAUAGAUCUAUUUAUACAUCUCUUCUUAUGCCUAGUGCUUAUGGAUGUAAAAAUAAUAUUUAUACAGAAAUAUUUCAAUUUAUUGCAAAAACAGAUGGAUGUACAUUAAAAGACAUUGAAGUAAACGUAAAGGGUGAUGUUAAAAAAGGUAUAAAUAAUUUACUUUUUACAGAGAUAAUAUAUAAAAGAAAUGAAGUAUAUAAAAUAAAUGAUAUAUUCAAAGUAUAA